GCCGGGAGCCCGGCGGAGCGCAGCCGCUUCGCGUCCCGCUGCGGUUCUGCUUCCCCUCAGCCCCGGGCUGCGCGCCGGGCGUAAAUAGAUGCGCGGCUGCGGCGGCGCGAGGGGCCGGGGAGCCCCAUUGGGGGAAUCCGAUCCGAGGGAGCCGUGAGUCCACGGGGGCGGAGAGGCGCCCACUUCGCGGCGGGCGGCGGAGCCAGCGGAUCGCGCCUCGCCCGGCCCCGAGGACCAUGGCCCGCGGUGCCCACGGAGCCCUCGGCGCCCAUGGGGCCGCGCUGCUCGCCCUGGCCGCGCUCUGCCUGCUCCCCGCGGCCGGGGCGGCGGCCUGCGAGCCCGUGCGCAUCCCACUGUGCAAGUCCCUGCCCUGGAACAUGACCAAGAUGCCCAACCACCUGCACCACAGCACGCAGGCCAACGCCAUCCUGGCCAUCGAGCAGUUCGAGGGGCUGCUGGGCACCCACUGCAGCCCCGACCUGCUCUUCUUCCUGUGCGCCAUGUACGCCCCCAUCUGCACCAUUGACUUCCAGCACGAGCCCAUCAAGCCCUGCAAGUCGGUGUGCGAGCGGGCCCGGCAGGGCUGCGAGCCGGUCCUCAUCAAGUACCGCCACGCGUGGCCCGAGAGCCUGGCCUGCGAGGAGCUGCCGGUGUACGACAGGGGCGUGUGCAUCUCCCCUGAGGCCAUCGUCACAGCGGACGGAGCCGAUUUUCCGAUGGAUUCUAGUAACGGAAACUGUAGAGGGGCCAGCAGUGAACGCUGCAAAUGUAAGCCCAUUAGAGCUACACAGAAGAUCUAUUUCCGGAACAAUUACAACUACGUCAUUCGGGCUAAAGUGAAAGAGCUCAAGACCAAGUGCCACGAUGUGACUGCGGUGGUGGAGGUGAAGGAGAUCCUAAAAGCGUCUCUGGUGAACAUCCCGAGGGACACUGUCAACCUCUACGCCAGCUCCGGCUGCCUGUGUCCGCCGCUUCACGUUAACGAGGAGUACAUCAUCAUGGGCUACGAGGACGAGGAACGCUCUAGAUUACUCUUAGUGGAAGGCUCCAUAGCAGAGAAAUGGAAAGAUCGACUUGGUAAAAAAGUUAAGCGCUGGGAUACGAAGCUCCGUCAUCUCGGACUGAAUAAAAGUGACUCAAGCAUCAGUGAGCCCGCUCAGAAUCAGAAGUCUGGCAGGAGCUCUGACCCCCGGCAAGCACGCAGCUAAACCCUGAAAUGCAAAGCGACGUUGAUGGAUUUCCUCCUAAGACUUGCGUUGCUGGACUCGCAAAGGAAAAUUGCACUGUUGCACGUCCUACUCUAUUGUUUACUGCAAAAACCGUGUGGUAACUGACAGUACUUUUUUUUCUUCUGUUUUUCCCCUUCCUCUCCCCCCCACCUUUUAAAUGGUCUGGGGUUAGAUCCCUGAAUAUAUUAUAUGUUUCCUAUUUUACUAAUCAUGGAAAAACUUCUUCUGCAAUAAUAAUAAAUUAAACAUAUUGAUACCAGGGCCUCUUUGCUGGAGUUCCCUGAUGUGUAUAUUUCAUCUUUUGCACUCAGAUUGGGAACGCAGUGUUGGAUGUAAAGAGACACUUCUGGGGUAUGCGAAAAGCCAGGUCCGCUGUGAGACCCACUCUGCUGUAAUCACAGCCCCUUCUGGGCUUUCUCCUUCUGCCUAGAUGGUUCUAAGUGUUUGGAAAGAUAAAGUGGAAGUCUGAGGCUAAAUCCCACACAGACAAAGCAGGAAGCACAGGAAGUACUGAUGAGGAAGUGACACACAAGAUGAACUGUUUUCAAGAUUGGCAGGAAGCAAGGUAAAUAGUGUUGGUAGCCGAGGAAAGAGCCUUUGACCCAACUGAGAAGCACAGGCAAACCAGGAGGCCUGCUGAUAGUAGUGGUUUUCUCUUGGCAGUAUAUUUGAUGUGUUCAUGAAUAUAUUAAUCAGCGUUAGGAAGCUGAGUUAUAACCAGGCAUCUGCUGUUGUCACCAUAGUUGUUUAAUGUUCUUCCUUCUAAAUAAAUCCACUCGUGAAAGUC